AUGGGAAUCAACAACCUACUGCCCUUCCUAAAACCGAUUGCCAGGAGCACACAUAUAAGCAAGUACAAAAAUGAAGUGGUGGGCGUGGAUAUCAUGUGCUGGAUCCACAGGGGUCUGGUCAGUUGUGCAUAUGACGUAAUCAUGGAUAACUACAACGACAGCUACUUAAGCUUCAUCGAAAAAAUGCUAGAGUGUAUUUAUGAACACAACAUAAAGGUAAUCUUCGUUUUCGACGGAGAGGAGUUACCAGAAAAAAGAGCAGAAAAUGUAAUUAGGAAUGAAAGGAGAGAAAAGGCAAAGAAGGAAGCACAAGAAAUUAUAAAAUCUGUGAAGGAUCCGAGAUCAGACGUGACUGUCCGCAGAAAAUGCACACAAGCUUUAAGUGUUUCCAAAGAAAUUAUACGCACUGUCAUGAACUUUUGUAAAACAAAAAAUAUAGAUUAUAUUAUUUCUCCUUUUGAAGCAGACGCUCAGUUGUCCUACCUUUGCAGGAUGGGAUACAUUUCUUGCGUCAUAAGUGAAGACAGUGACUUGCUAGUCUAUGGCUGUCCUCGCGUCUUGUACAAACUGAAGAACACUGGUGAGUGUGAUGAAAUAUGCUUAAUGCCCAUUGAUGAUCUGAUUGACAUAAACUUGAUUAACAAAAUUAGGAACCCUCUCUCGAAUUCGUUCAACGAGUUCUAUAUUACCCCCAUGAAGGAAGAUCGGGAGGAUGCAGAGCAGGGAGAUCCGUCUUUGGAAGAAAAUAACGUGCCUCACUGUUCCGAGUGCCCCCCUAGCGCGGCAAACCAGAACCCUGAGAAAAAAGAAAAAAGCUAUGACAAAAUGAUGAAGAAAUAUCUAGACCAAUUCCACUGGCCGAAAGAAUUAGACGAGCUAAAGCAUUUCAGUAUAGACAUGUUUCUGGCUAUGUGUAUCCUAAGUGGCUGUGACUACACAAGCGAUUUUCACAUCACGGGAAUGGGAAUAAAAACUGCAUUCAGUUUAACCAGUAAGUACAAAACGAUCGAACAAAUUUUCUCAUUCCUAAUUUCGCACCAAAAAUGGAAGCGUAAAAUUCCUCCCACUUUAAACACCCUAGAAAAGAUGUUGAAUAAAUAUGAAGAAAUCAAAAAUGCCUUCUUCCAUCACCAAGUGUAUGAUUUUAUUUUGUGCGAGAAAAUCUCCAUCAACCAGUCCUUCAAUAGUGCACUAGAGAAAAAUGAAAAUAAACUUCUUAUCAAUAAAAUACGGGAGUUUUCCCUUAUAUAUGACAACAACAAGAGGAAGGGAAACUGCCUGAACGUAUACUUGGAGCAGCUCUCCGAUUGUGUCGGCGCGGAGAGCAGUAGCUUACUUCCUGACGGUAGCGGAACUUUGGAGGGGUGCACGGAAAGGAGUAUAGGAGGUGAAGAAAAAGUAGAUACGGCGAAGGAACACCACCUCGAGGUUAUGCUCAAAGGAAAUGCUUCUACAGAAACACCCAUCGAGAGAUCCCCAAUUCCACCAAAAGAAACUGAAAUAAAGGAACAGCCUGAUUUAGACAAACAAAAUAAUUUCGAAAACAUUUUUAAAAAUUUAACAUCUGAAUGUUUAGAAUAUUUGGAGAUAUCUCCCGACGUGUUCAGCAAUUGCGACGAGGGGAAGAAUCAACCUGAGGAGCGGAUGGAGAAGCCUUCUCUUGUGAGUGACUAUGUGGGGAAGUAUGAAGAGGGUUCCCAUGUGUCAAAUGGUUGGACAAAUGGUUGGACAAAUGGCUGGCAAAACGAUAAUAAAAACUUCGUAGCAUGCCACUCCGGAGAGAAGAACCCUCCAAACCAAACUAUCAAACAGGAACCGCCGGAAGGAGACACGGAAACCCUCUCACCCUUGUACCAAAGAGGAACCACUCAGAGGGCCAAUUUGUGGCCUCCCAUGGAAUGCACCAAAUUGAGCCUAUUUUGUGAUUCUCCCCGAAGUAACGGCUGCACGUACGGAAGGGAGUACACGAACGAUGAUGAGGAGGCAGAAAUGGUUAGAGAUCCAAACAAUUCAAUCGAUACUAUCGAACCCAACGAGCCCCUCUCGUGCACCCCCAGAAAUAAUCUACCUGGAGGAAAGGAAAAAACAAAAUUGGACAAGCGGAAGGGGAACCACAUAGACUCCCUUAACUUAAAAAAAAUGAAAAGAUGCGCCGAUGCACCCGCGCAACCAGAUGGGAAAACUUGCAGGAACCUGUUGGAUGAGAAGGAAAGCGAUUGCAGUAAGGAACCGGGGCAAAAUCAUCAUGGUGAUGUUCUCGAAAAUGUAAGGUUGACGUCGCAGUCAGGUGACAACAGCCAAGGGGCGACUCUCCUCAAAGGAGCCAUCGCGCACGGGAUUGACAUAAGCAUUCAGAAGGAUGAAACCGAGUGGGAGCCGCAGAAGCGGGAAAAUGAGGAAGUAGAAAAGGAAGAGGGAAAAGAAGAAGCGGCAAAGGAAGGAGAAGUUACCAACCCCACUGGAGGAAAGAACAGAAAAAAAAGCGCAAAAGUUAUGUACCAAAAUAUGAAGAGGAACUUCCUGCUAUUUAGAGCGUUUGGUGAGGAUACAGGAAAACAAAUGGGAAUUCCAUCGACAGAACUGAAAAGUAACUCCACACAAGAAAAGAUGGAAUGUGCACACAUGAAGGAGAUUCAAGGAAUGUGUAAAACCGAGGCGGCUGAUGAAGAAAGAGGGCGCUUCGUGGAAAGGGAAAUCUGGGACCCGAAGGACAAAAUGGCAAGCGUCGCUCAUGGAAAACUAUUUAGCAAACCGACCGCCGAAGAGAAUAACAGAGUGAAGGAUGAAAUAAACGAAACCAACUUUAAAUCGGAAAGGACCGAAUACCCCUCAGAUGUUUCCUUCACAAUCAGAAGUAAGCACUCCGACGUGAACGAAAAUAACAAGAACCAACUACGCAUAACCAACUUCUUUAAAAAGUCGGAACGAGAAAUCCCCAAUAUGGACGGUAACAAGGGGGGUAAUAAUAACGCAUUUCCGUUGAGGCCAUCCACAAAUAAUUCCCUCACUCUCAAUGGAAAGUGCUCCCUUUCAAUGAACAACUCGGAACCCGCAAAUAAAGAACAGUGGCAGAUGAAAUCUCCAAACGAAUUAGGAAUAUAUGAGAGGCGAUUGGAUGGGAAAAUUACCCAGUAUAAUAAUAGAUCCCCUUUACGGAGUAAUAUAGAAAAGGAAGACCUGCCUCUUUCUUACGUGGAACAAGAGAUCCAUGACCAAGACACUCAUGACGAAUAUGUGUUCCUGAAAAAUCUGUACAACCGAGGAUUGAUAAAAGAUUCAAACAGAAAGGAAUCCCAAAUGUGGACCGUCGAAGGUGGUCACACUUGGGACGAUCGCUUUAGCAAAGGGGAUACCGCCGAUCGGGACAAGGUUUUCCAUAGUAAUCAUCGAAACGAUCACCACAGUGAUCGCCAUGAUUGGCCCCCCCUCGGAGACGCUCCCCAUACCGAGCGCCCAGCUGAGAAAAAGCAAAAGCAAAAAGAAAUUAAUUUGGAGUAUAUCCUCCAGAACCUGAACUACAACUACCAUCCGCGCAGCCACAAAAUCAACACCUUUGAUUACUUCAAGGAGAAGGAAAACGUCCCACCCCCCAACCCCUACGUGGACAACAAUUUAUAA